UAUAGGUCCUUAUUCAUGUGCACCCAAGGGGCAAGAAUAUGUCAAAGGUUUCGACCACCAAAACAGCAUGGAACUGCUUUGAUUCAAAUUGAAAUAUUCAUUAAAGCUCCCUAGUCAAAAGGCUGAGAGACCUCCCUAUAAAAUUGCCUUCGCCCCUACGUGUCAAGAAAUGAAAUGGUUUUCGAAACUAUAAACUGGAAAAAUUUAUCUUGAUAAUUAAUAUACAGCUACCACUCUAAUUUCUACUUUCUAAAGCUUUUAGAUUCCAAAACAAAGAUCAAAUAUGUCUGAUAACUCUUCUCAGAGCAUGAGCUACCAGGCUGGAGAGGCAAAGGGCCAGGCUGAGGAAAAGACCAGCAGCAUGAUGGACAGGGCUGCCAAUGCUGCCCAAUCUGCUAAGGAAUCAAUGCAAGAGACUGGGCAGCAGAUGAUGAGCAAGGCAGAGGGAGCUAAAGAGGCAAUGAAGGAUGCAACUGGCAUGAAAAAAUGAAGCUGACAGAAGCUGAAAACUAUAAGAC